UACAGCACAUCUCUACAGACACCCCCCUACACGUGUUUGUGCAUGUAAGCAUUUGUCUGUUUUGUGCAUGUAUGUUGUGUUUUUCAUGUGACAUUUGAACUGGUAAUAAAUGCGUUUGAUCAGCAUUCGGCUUUAAGGAUUCUACUGUUUUGUCAUUUCUGGCUCUCCCGAUCUUCUCUGCUGUUUUUUUGUCUCUUUAAAGUUGUUUUUCUUGCUUUCUCUCUCUCUCUCCCCCUCUGCGCACUAUGUGCGUCUGUGUAUAUGUACUACGUACUCUCUGCUUUGUCCACUGGUCUCGCGCAGUAAAUUCCGCUGCUAGUUUCUCUUUUCCCAUGCUAAUGUUUCACUUGAAUCAUUUUCCCUGGAAAAUAAAGUUCACUGCCGAUUUCCCCUUCUCUCAAAAACUGCUACUUAUGUAAACCAUUCUUCCUCUCUUGUGAGAGACAACAGAGAUAUUGCCAUUCAAAUUCAACGCAUGUUGUCUAUCUGGUUUGAUUUGAUUUUAAAGAGGGCCGUGUUUCACUGUGUUUGUUUCUUUCUUUUUCAUUUUCUUUUCCAUUUUCUUUCCAUUUCUAUGCAUUGUCUACAAGUUGUUUAGGCCUGCUACAAAUCGCCGUCGUUUUAGCCAUUUCUAGCCUAAGCUUUUUCGCCUCGUGAAACCUACGCGUAAUAGGCUUUACUUUCUUUUACAGGUCAAAUCUGAAACGCAAUUUUUCAGAUCUGACGAUCCUUCUUCCCUCAUUCUUUUUUUAGUUGUUUUUCUCUUUGACUGAUGAUGAUGUGAUGUACCUACGCAUUUAAACCUUCAAACUAGCUGUCUUAUAUAUGCAUGUUCUCGUAUUUUUCUGUAUGAAAUUGAGAGAGGAAGAGAAAAGUAUUCGCGUCCCACGGCGUUUUGAUGCCACUGCUUGUUACGGUAGAAGAAGCCUUGAUGAUUAGGGCUUUGUUAGGGUUUAGUUACUCGAGGUUACUGGAAUUUCUAAUGGUUUCUCUUCUUUGAAUCUUCCUCUUCCAGCUCUCUUUUCCUGCUCUUCUAUUUUUCUUGUGUUGAUCCUUUGUAAAUAAGUCCGUAUCACCAAGCGAGCCAGACUCAGUGUGUCAAGGGAGCGGGUCAGGGAGGUAAGCAUUUCGGUUCUGUCGAGAGAAUCUACGAGUUCUCUGCAGAAGAACGUAGAGAAAAUCUGUUGGGACCCUGGAGGUUUCCUUUCAUCUAUCAUGAAUCGGCGAUCCGCUGUGGCUUUAGCCUCGUCUAUUGUCGUCGUCCUACUCAUAUCUCUUGCCUUCCUCAAUGAUCUGGGUAAGAAGAAUCUUCUCAUUGAACCAACCUUACCGGGUAUAAAUGGAGGAUGGAACAAGUUUUCACCGAAUCGCAAGCUUCUUCUUCUUGAAACACCAAUGAAGCAACCGGAAGGAAUAAUAACAGAGAGGUGUUACAAGUCAGAUUUAAGAAUAAACCAGGGACCCACACCGCCCCUCCCUAAUGGCAUACCCACCUACACUGUUGAGAUCGUAAACAUGUGUGUGACUGGUUGUAAUAUCUCUAACAUUCACCUCAAAUGUGGCUGGUUCAGCUCUGUUCGCCUCAUCAACCCAACCAUCUUUAAGCGCCUGAGCUACGAUGACUGUCUUGUCAAUGAUGGCAAUCCCUUGGUCGGUGGUGCUACUAUGGACUUUCAGUAUGCUAAUACAUUCAUGUAUCCACUUUCAGUCUCUUCGUUAGUCUGUACGUAAUUCUGAGUAAUAAGACAAUACCAACGCUCAACUACGAUAUACACAACACUGAUAUUACACAGGCAAAGAAGAUGCCUAUAAAUGGUUUGUGUUCUUUCUUUUUUCUUUUUGGUUGAAGACCAUACGUUUUAUGUUAAUUCCUCAAUAGUUCUACUUUUUGCUGUUUCUGUUGAUUGUAGACCAAUAGUGCAAGGUAGAAUUGGGGGAUACCUGCUUCUUUUUUUGGUAUAUGGAAGUUAGUAUAUGACUACUAGAUGGAGGAUUAUUGGGUUGUGCCCCCGACCUGUUUGUAAUUUUUUCUGGUUAGGGCAUGCAAAGAGAA